AUGAAAGACUUGCUACUCACAAACAUUGAUAUGAAAUCUGAGCUCCCGGUUCCAACAAUAUCAUCCCUCUUGACUUUGAUGAGGUCUAGUUUGAUCCCACCGCUCCCCAACAAUGCACCAGCAACAGACACCACGGACAAAGGGCGGAGGGAAUAUGGUCUUCUGAAGGCGCGGUUGGCUUAUCUGCAACUCCAAACAAUAAUAAACUACAUACACCAAGGGGGGGAAUCCAAUCGACAAUGGAAAAACAUUGAUGAACACUUGCGUGACUUGGCUUAUAAGAGUCGUGAAUACCGAUCAGCUCUUUACCAGUUGGUGACCAGAUACGAUUGCGAACUUUUUGGUGACGAGGAGGUCUUUUCCAACAUAGAUUGUGAUUCCAUUUCUCUUUCGACACACGAGGAAAUAGAGGCUCUUGUUGCAAGCAAUUCUGCUGUGAACAUCAAAGCUGUAGGAGAUCCUGGCAAGGAUGUCUGA